UAAAAAAAAUUAUUCAUCUCAAAAAGUCGUUUUUACAACAUGUGCAUCAUAUGAUUUACGGUUUGUGGUAGAGAAAGCUUUUAGAAAAUUUCGAAACAGAGCAAAUCACUGCAAAAAGAAACUCGGGUCUUCAAUCUUCAUGGAGAGCCAAAGAAGACCAUCAUUUCCUUGUCAAAACAUCGACUCACUGGAUGUAUAUAUAUUAACUCUGUGGGUAAUCGUAUACAGUAGAUGCAUAUUGAUGAUGGUAAUGACAAUUGAUCCGCGAAAUAUUUUUGUCCGAUACGAUUACAUCAUAAGAUUUUCCGGCUUAGAGGAUUGCGAUAUAAUUUUAAUUUUAAUUAGCUUAUUAUUGUAUCUGUGUCUGUGAUCAUAUUGUGGCUCUAAAUGCUUCCCACGUCUUCUAGAAAGGAAGAUAAUGUAUAUGACUAAACGAUACUGGCCAACAAUUUGAAUGAAAAGAACAUGUUUUGUUAAAAUGUUUGCUUCUAGAUGGCAUAUAGACUUUCUUACAAUUUAUACUUAGUUGUUAUUUCUCUUUAUUCCAAAGUUGCAGUCAUUAUAAAAAGAUUUUGGUCAUUUACUGAAAAGAGAAAAUAUUUUAGAUAUAUUUACUGAGGGAAAAAUCAUCGUGUAGAACAUGGUGUCAGCUGAAAAAAAAAUCUUUUGCAAGUAAAGUUCAAACACUUGAAAUUUUUAGAAUAUUGGUGUUGGUAUUUUUCAAAUAUACUGAGAUGUUCAUAUCAGUAUUUAGACUGCAAUUUGGUUGAAAAUCAAGAACAUUUUAGAAAACAUAUGAAAACCAUUAGACAAAAAAACAUAUAUAGAAAAAUUAGAUGAUUUCUGAUGGUUGGUGUACGGUGAGCUUGGCUUCUUGAGAUCACCUUACCAUUCAACAGAAAAUGGUUCAUGUUGCCAAUUAACAUGAGCACGGUAUUCAGCAUUUGGCUGGAAACACAAAUAGAAUGGUAAUUUAAACUAUUAAAACACUUAAACGUUACUUAUCAACCCCUGGAAAAGUACACAAUAGCUAUCUGAAUUUUUAACAAGUUCACGUUAACCAGAACCUAUAGUAUAGUAGUUCGUGUUAGUAUUAUUUGGACUAAAACUUGCAUGACACAAAGGUGGAUAAAGUAAAGUAUCUGUUUGUUUGCAGAAACAAAGUUUAGAUGACAUUUAAUAGGUUCUCAUACAAAAACAAAAUUAUCAAUAUAAUAGUAUUAAUCAUUUCGAUUUUUUAAUUGGAAAUAAAAUUUACAUCACUGACAAGUGUAAAAUAAUUUUUAAAACAAAAAUAUCAGAAUUUGUUCACUGUAUUUUUAUAAUUUUUAAUUGUAAAAUAUACAUAUGAAACAUCUUACUCCAACACAUUUAUAUCAAUACUAUUUCACCAAAGUUUCUGAAAACAAAAUUAAUUACAUUGAUAGAUAUUUUAAAAAUAUUAUUAUAAAUUAGUAUUAAUAUCUUAGUUAUGAGUAUCUCAAGAAUUUAAGAGACUCACAGCAAAUGUUUUUUCAAUGAUGUGAAUAAUUUUUUUUUGAAAAAUCAUUGAUAAAAUAUUUAUGUAAUUUUAUGUUUUACUUAAAUUAAAUAUUAAUAUAAAUUUAUAUUUAUAAAAUUUGGUGAGAUUUUACGAAUACGGAUGUUCUUAAACCUCCACCAAAUAAUAACAUUACUGGCGGCUAAAUAAGUCAAUAUCUAACUAAUUAAGUAUCAAAAUUAUAGAUGUUAACGUAAUCACAUAUGUAAUAGGGCAAUGACGCAAACUCGGAGAUGCAACGACAAAAGAACAAUUACCUAACAAAAGUAGGAAACUACAUUGUGAGUUGAACAAUCAUCAAAUAGUUCAUCCCACCAUACAUAUUAUAUAUUUAAUAAUCAAAUUUAUUUUAAAUACACAGAAGACGAAUCACGUCCUCCCCUAGUUGAAAUUGAUCCUUCAUGUUAACCCAUGCAUUUAUGGUGUUAGAUGAUCUCUUAUAUAAGCUCGUUAUCUAUUGCGUAUUUAGUGGUAGUUAGGCGAGGAUUUAAGAGAAAGGGGCUGUGCAAAUUAAUUUCGAUUACCACUGUAAGGAACUGAAGAGCACUUCACGUUCGUUGCACACGUGUAUGUCCAAUAUUACACGCCAUAUAAACCGGUGAUUCCAGAAUGGCUAAGAAUGUGUCCAGAAAUGACAACGUGGUUUCCGGUUCGCAACAAUCCGAAAUCGUAAUAAACGUUUCUAACUGUCAUGAUCUUGAUAUUAAUUCCAUGCACGUGUGGGUCAGUUCGACGUUAAUUUUAGUAACUACUACACUCGUACGUUCGCUUCAUUUAUUUCGUUGAAACUCGUUCGCUUAACUUUAUACAUCAUCACCCAAAACAACUACACCAAAUUACUAUAAAAUUUGAUUAAAAAUUCGAAUAAUUGAAGCGAAUCAAAUUGACAAAAAGAAGACGUCAGUAUAACUUUUUUAAUGAGAUAAUUUGUUAUAAAGCGUAAGAUUAUAAAAAAGAGUUAAAGACCAUAUAUUCGCUUUAUAAGUUUAAUAUGUAUGGUCUUAUUAAUUCCGUAGAACUCUUAUCAUUAAAUAUAAUUAUCCACGAAUAUGUGGAUCCCUAUAGAGAAGCAUAAAUAAUUGUGUAAAACCUCAAAUUGAAUUAUAUUUUAUAUGAUUUAUCUCUUCAGUGGUGUUGUAUCACUUUAGCCAAAUUAAAAAGUGGUUGCUAAAGGGAAUUAUUCUGUUAUAGAUUCCACCAUCGAAGCUAAAAGCAAAUUAGAUAUAAUGCUGAUAAAUAGAUGGCUGCUUAAGUGAAAAACGCAUGGGUGUUUUUGGAUAUCAUAUAAUAUAUGCGUGGUCGAUGAAUAGUAUUGAAAACAUAUUCAAUCAUUUAUUAAUUGUGAACGUUAAUUUAAUUAGCACCAACUCGUGGAGCAUAAGUAUUAAGAGGUAUCAGGUAUGCACAAAUAGUCUCACCAAUCACCAUACAAGUACAACCAUAGACAUAAUUUGAUGGACAACCUUUUACAUAAAACUAAACACAUUUGGUAGAUAGGAAUCUUAAUCUCUGCCGGUUUACUUUUCUUCCUUGUAUGCUACUCUUGUAUUGUAUCUUUCAAGUUUCAAUCUAAUAUUUUCAGUGAAAAAGAAAGAAAGAUAGGAAUCCUAAUUUCGGACAACAUUUUCCAGUUAAUUUUCAUCUAUUUGAUAAUUGUAUUUCAUAGAAAUCAUUUGACUUAAACAUCAGAUAAUCUUUAGAAAUAAACUAUAUAUUUUCAAAUAUCUUAUAGGUUCUGGUACAUGUGUUUGUAAAUCUUUCCGGAUAGACCCUUUUAAUUAUUUUCCUAUACAAAACUUGUUUUAAAAAUAUUACACAAAUCAAUAAUAUAUAUAAUAAUAUAAUAUUAAAAAAUCAUAUGUAAAUAUAUAGUUUCACUAAAAUAAAAAAUUAAUAAUUUAUAUAUAAAAUUUAUAUAAAUAAAAACAAAACAUUGUAUUAUUUGUUUUAUUUUCACAGUGGAGUUCAUCUCUAUUUUUAACACUUGUUAGUAAAAUUAUAUUAAAAGAAAUAUUUAAUUCUAUGAAACAUAUUUCAUAUACACCAAAUAAUAUAAGAAAAACGAUACAAAAGUCACUUUUCUAAAAUUUAAUUAAUAUAUGUACAGAAAAAUCAAAUAUUUUUUUAUAAAUAUAUAUAUAUAUAUAUAUAUUUUUUAUAUAUAUUCUGAAAGUAGAAAAUCUACAAAAAAAUUGUAAAUCAGUAACUCUAUAAAUUAAUAAAAUAUUAUAAUUCUAAUAUUAUUAAUUUAUAAAAAAAAAUUACUGUAUAUUCAUUCGAUGUUUCACUAAAAUCACAACUGAUUCAAUCAUCUGUUAAUUCUUAUCUACUACAUAUAUAAACUAUAUCCAAACAUUUUCUGUAUUUUUACUUAAUUAUAUCCCUAAAUAAUAUUAGUUUACUUUUUUAAAAAACUUUUAAAGACACCAAAUAGUUGAGAAAGAGGACACCAAACAUUAUUUUUGACUAUAAAACUCAUAUUUUAUGUUGUGGGUUGAUUUUAAAAUAUGGUUUGUUCUCACCGCCCAUGUUGCUGAGCGGUUUCAAGUUUCAGUUUCAACGAUAUCAUACAAUUGUGUCCAAGUUUUAUUAAUAUUAUUUGGGGUAAACAAAUUUUUGUUGCCUUUUAGUUUAUAACUUAAGGACAAACAUGUUAAUAAGUCUCUUUCUAUAACCAAUAGUUGAAAAUUUAAAAUGAUAUCGCAAACAAGAAAAUUUUGGCUCUUAACUAUAACUUGAAAGCCAAACAUUUGAUAAGUCUCUCUUGUUUUUAAAAUAAAUUGAUAGCUCUCUUUCUAUAGCCAAUCGUUUUAAAAUUAAAAAUGAAAUCGCAAUCAUACAUGUUUUCUACCGCUGCGUUAACCAGGUCCAUAUUACAAUAAUUUAAUGGAGUAACGUUCAUAACCACAAUCGUCCACUUUCAUAAAUUCCAAACUCUGGCAUAUCGAACAUUAGGCGAUAGACAAAACAUGUGUCAAAACUCUCAUAAACUGAACCUAACGCUGACAAUAAGAUCCGAGGGUUUGCGGCAUUUUCAUGUUGUACAUUCAUAAUUUUCUAAUCGAAAUUUGUAUUUUACAUUCUUUUUUGUUCUUGUCUUUCUAACUAUAUUGUUUACUUCCAUCUUUGGAGAUACCAAGUAUUACUUUCUAGUGAAAUAUCUAAACUAUAUAUCCGAAACGAUUUCGUAAAACCAAAAUAAAUCAAUACAAUUAGUAAAGUUGGGUUGGACUAAAACCGGACCCAACAAUAAGUAAUUUCUUCUUUUUCUUUAUAAUCUUGUCUUCAAAGUUGAACAUAACAUUUAUCUUUUGAAAUCAUGCGAUAAUUCACUUUAUAGAAAGCCUAAACUAUAUGAAUCGAAAUCCCACUUAUCAAAGCACCACAUAUUGUCCUUUUUUUCACAAUCAACGCACUUACCUUUCCACAUUUUAAUCUUCCUCAUAAUUACACUUUAAAAAAAAUAGUAUAUAGUAAGAAUACACAUUCAAAGAAUCAACUUUUAAAUAAAUGGUAAUCCAGACCUAAUUACUAUCAAUAAAUAUCAGCAUAUAGAAAGAGUUUGACUAAUCAAUAUAUUUUGUUGAAGUACCUCUAUACAUCCCCUCAAGAGCCGAAAACAAAAAAAAAAUCUAUCUUUCUCUCAAGUAAGCAACUUCAAAAACUCGUUAACCCAACACAACAACCAUAACCAAAAAAAAAAGUCGGAUCUCUUUUUCUUAAAAGUCUCGCCUUUUGUUUCUUUUAGGAUCCUUCCUUUUUCAAAAAAAACAGUUCUCUCCUUAACCAUUCUCUGUUCCUCAAAACAGUUCAGUUCUGUCUGGUAAUAAAAACAAAAUCCUGAAGUCAAUUGCUUCGUCAAGAUUCGCUUUUUUAACAUCUCUACAUGGACUUCACGAACUCCUGAGUCUACUACCGAGAAACCCACCAUGGAUAUCGAAUCCAGAACUUAUCAGAACACCGUCAAGAAGGAAUCAUGGAGAACGGUGUUGACAUUAGCGUAUCAGAGCUUAGGAGUCGUGUACGGAGACUUGAGCAUCUCUCCUCUUUACGUAUUCAAAAGCACCUUCGCCGAAGACAUUGAACACUCCGACUCCAACGACGAGAUCUUCGGCGUCUUGUCGUUCAUCUUCUGGACCAUCACGCUCGUCCCUCUCUUUAAAUACGUCUUCAUCGUCCUCAGAGCCGACGACAACGGCGAAGGAGGCACCUUCGCUCUCUACUCCCUCCUCUGCCGUCACGCACGAGUCAACUCGCUCCCGAGUUGCCAGCUCGCCGACGAGCAGCUCACCGAGUACAAGACCGAGUCGCCGUUGGAGAUGGGCCCUCGGUCGGGGUUUGCGGCGAGGUUGAAGUCGACGCUUGAGAAGCGGAGAGUGUUGCAGAAGGUUUUGCUUGUUCUAGCUUUGAUCGGGACUUGUAUGGUGAUCGGUGAUGGUGUCCUAACGCCUGCGAUUUCCGUUUUUUCUGCAGUAUCAGGUGUUGAGCUUUCAACGGCUAAGGAGCAUCACAAGUAUAUAGAAGUACCUGCUGCUUGUGUAAUUCUGAUAGGUUUGUUUGCGCUUCAGCACUACGGUACACACAGGGUGGGGUUCUUGUUCGCCCCGGUGAUUCUCUUGUGGCUUAUGUGCAUCAGCGCCAUUGGUGUUUACAACAUUUUCCAUUGGAACCCGCAUGUCUACCAAGCCCUCUCUCCUUACUACAUGUACAAGUUCCUCAAGAAAACUCAGAGUAAAGGUUGGAUGUCUCUCGGUGGGAUCUUGCUCUGCAUUACAGGCUCAGAAGCAAUGUUUGCGGAUCUCGGUCAUUUCUCUCAACUCUCCAUCAAGAUUGCUUUUACAUCACUUGUGUACCCGUCUUUGAUACUGGCUUACAUGGGACAAGCAGCUUAUCUCUCACAGCAUCAUGUCAUCGACACCAGUUACAACAUUGGGUUCUAUGUAUCUGUGCCAGAGAAACUGAGAUGGCCUGUUCUCGUGAUCGCUAUACUCGCUGCUGUUGUUGGAAGCCAAGCCAUCAUCACCGGAACGUUCUCCAUCAUCAAACAGUGCUCUGCGUUGGGAUGCUUCCCUAAAGUGAAGAUCGUUCAUACGUCGUCCAAAAUCCACGGUCAGAUAUACAUCCCUGAGAUCAACUGGCUCUUGAUGGUCCUCUGCUUAGCUGUCACCAUCGGUUUCAGAGACACUAAGCGGUUGGGUAAUGCUUCAGGUUUGGCGGUUAUAACCGUUAUGCUGGUGACGACAUGUCUGAUGUCACUAGUGAUCGUACUCUGCUGGCACAAGAACAUCCUCUUCGCUAUCGCUUUCGUUGUUUUCUUUGGCACGAUAGAAUCGCUCUACUUCACGGCUUCGCUCAUCAAGUUCCUCGAAGGCGCGUGGGUUCCAGUCGCUCUCUCCUUAUGCUUCCUUGCGGCGAUGUGCACGUGGCACUACGGGACGCUCAAGCGGUACGAGUUCGACGUGCAGAACAAAGUCUCGGUCAACUGGCUCCUCAGCCUCGGCCAGACGCUGGGGAUCAAACGCGUCCGCGGCGUCGGGCUCAUACACACCGAGCUCGUCUCCGGCGUCCCGGCGAUCUUCUCUCAUUUCGUUACCAACCUCCCUGCCUUCCAUCAAGUGCUUGUUUUUCUCUGCGUCAAGUCUGUUCCGGUCCCGCACGUCCGACCCGAGGAGCGGUUUCUGGUCGGACGCGUGGGGCCGAAACAGUACCGGAUGUACCGGUGCAUCGUGCGGUACGGGUACCGGGACGUCCACAAAGACGACAUCGAGUUCGAAGGAGAUCUUGUGUGCAGCAUCGCGGAGUUUGUCCGGUCUGAAGCUGCGACCACGGUUGUUGCGGAGACUAAUGGAGAUGAUGAUGAUGAUGAGAGAAUGUCUGUGGUCGGAACGUGUUCGACGUACAUGCAAGGGGUCGAGGAUCACGACGGGAGCGAUCUUGACGACCCGGAUAAGCCAGGGACGUCAGAGAUUCGAUCUCCAAUGGCGAAGAAGAAGAAGAAGAGUAAGGUUAAAAAGAAAGUGAGGUUUAUCGUGCCGGAGACUCCGAAGAUAGAGAAAGAGACUAGAGAGGAGUUGAUGGAGCUAACGGAGGCGCGUGAGGGAGGCGUGGCUUACAUAAUGGGAAACGCGUAUAUGAGAGCGAAGCACGGGUCAGGGUUGGUGAAGAGAGUGGCUAUUAACGUUGGAUACGAGUUUCUUAGGAGGAAUACUAGAGGUCCAAGAACCGCACUUACCUCGCCUCAUGCGUCGACGUUAGAAGUUGGUAUGAUCUACCAUGUUUAAAAGGGGUAUAUUCGUCUUUUUAUUUUAUACAUGGUUUUGGUGUGUUAAUUUGAAAAGUGAAAUAGAUUGUAGAUCAAGAAAUUUUGUAUUGUGGAGGUUCUGCUAAAGAGGUUAACUCACUUCAAGUCGGAUAGCGAGUAAUUUCUUUUCUUUUUCGACUUCUAAAAAACGCCUUGUACAAAACAUUUGGUGUAAUGUGCAUAACAUUUUAUAUUCUAAUACAUUAUUCCAGAUUGUUGUCAAAACAA